AUGGCCCACAUCCGAGGGAUUCUGUCUCUCUCUCUCUCGCUUUCCCUCCACUUCGCUCCCUCUCCCUCUCCAUCUUCCCCUCGUCCUCUGCCCCUCUCCCUCCAUCUUCUCCGUUCCUUCGAUCUUUCCCUUCCCCUAUUGUCCGCCUCUUCCUCGAUCCUCCGCCCCUCUCCUUUCCUUCGCUCCUCCCCGUCAGAUCCUCCGCCCCUCCCCUCCCUCCCGCUCGAUCCUCCUGGCCUCCUUGCCUCUCCUUAGCGGCUUCUCCUUUCCUCGCCGUAGCCUCCCCCUCCCGUCGCCAUAGCUGGUCCUCCUUCCAUCUUCAUCGACCCAGACCGCGCCGUGGCGUCGCCCUCACAGCUCAAGGUGGGGGUAUCUCAAAACAGAAGAUAGUGAAGUAUCUAAAGAGAUGUUUUCAUUGUUAUAUGGACUAUGGAAGUUUCUCUUCAGCAAGACUGAGUUUCAUGUCCUCAUUCUUGGGAUUGACAAAGCUGGGAAGACGACUCUGCUUGAAAAGUUGAAGGCAACAUAUUCAAACUUGGAAGGCCUUCCACCAGACCGCAUUGUUCCAACUGUGGGACUGAAUAUUGGUCGUAUGGAAGUGGAGAACACAAAACUUGUGUUUUGGGAUCUUGGAGGUCAGAGUGGACUUCGUACAAUUUGGGAAAAAUAUUUUGAGGAGGCACAUGCCAUAAUAUAUGUGAUAGAUGCUGCUUGCCAACAGCGAUUUGAAGAUUCAAAGUCUGCUUUAGAGAAAGUACUUAGACAUGAAGAUUUACAAGGUGCCCCGCUGCUGAUACUCGCAAACAAGCAGGACAUUGAUGGAGCUGUAUCAGCAGAUGAACUUGCAAGGUAUUUGGAUUUAAAGGAGUUGGAUGAAAGACCCUACCUAUUUGAAGCUGUUUCUGCUUAUGAUGGGAUGGGGAUCAAAGAUGCGAUAGAUUGGUUGGUGGAGACUAUGGAGAGGAGUAAACGUACCGAAAUUUUAAGACAGCGCACAGGUGUAAAUGGUCCCGUUGGCCUAUGAAACCUUAAGUCAUUACUCUCAGGUUUCUGCUUCAUAUCCUACGCAUGGGGCGCAUGAUGUAAAACACAGAGAAAGAAAAUAAAAUAAAAAGUUAGUGCACCUACAUUACAGAAUUUUUUGGCAUGAAUAUUUCAAUUUUUCUCCCCACUAUGCUUAUAGUUUCAUUUUUUGUCUCAAUGAUCAUUUGUCUUUGUAUCAUACCUGAAAAGGCAUUGUCUUGUGCUUCAAAGAAAGUGUUCAUACAUGUUAUUUAUGAAACGAUGGAACUGUCGAAUGCUCCCAUGUCGCCCUUCCUAGGCGUACAAUGGAAACAGAAAAUGAUGCAUUAUUUCA